GCGCAGUAAUCUUCAUCCUUCAUAAGUUUCUUCCAGGCAUUAGUAAAUGUUGUGUGUUUCAUUUCUCUCCAGGCCUCAUACAUGUUAUAAAUAGCAGCUCUUAUGUUGUAGUUUUUUAUGUUAGCCAACGUUCUCUUGCCUCUAGUAUCCUCAACUGCACCAUCCUCUGUCUCCAGCACAACCAACACGUCAUCCAGCCUGAGUGUUUCUUGCCUCACCUGUCACAGCCAGAUUGCGGAUGCCAUGGCGCCUGCGGAAGCGCCAGAGCCACCCAUCACUGGCCUUGAACUCAAUACCCAUGUGGGCAGCAAGCUUAGCAGCACUAGCGGCCAACUCCACUCCCCUCACUUCCACCCCACAUGCACGCUCCUGGGUAUGCCACUUGUACACUGCCAAAUCAAGUUCAACACAUUUCAGGUCUUUCAUAUGCUUUCUAGUUGCAUCACCCUUUCCCGACACAGCAAAUUUAACUGCAUAAUUUUCUAACUUUCUUCUAGCUUUUUUUUAUGUCCGAAACUGUCUGUUUUUUCACCCCAUACAGCUCGCAGACUUGGGCAACACUCAUUCCUCCAUCUAUUUUACGUAAAAGUUCCAGUUUUUGCGACACAGAAAGGUGCACAGGUUUAGCUGUACGCUUGGUUACUUUCUUUGGUGGGUUUUUGGGUGGCAUCGUUGUGAAGAAGAGGUGUAUCCAUGACAAGCACGUAAGCACAACACUCGUGUGACGCGGCAGACUUGUUUACAGUCCAGUACUAGACGUGUAUGUCCGCCCGCGCUGCCAUCUAUAGUGCCCGAUUUGCGAACUUUGUCUGGCGCGGUAGUUUGAAAUCGACUU